UGAUCGGGUGAACGAUGCACCGCUAACCACCAUGGAAACCAAGCCAGGGCCAGCCAGCUCGCAGGAUCUCUCCACGCCGGACUGAGAGCCUCAGCCUGCGCCCAGAGGAAGAGUUCUGCAUAAGCACGGGAACCUGCACCGCCCGCCCGCCCGCCUGCCUGCCUGCCUGCCUGCCUCUCCCUUUCCAAUCCGGAGAUCGAAUCGCAGGCAUGUGUGCACAUUCUUAGUGUGUGGUGGUGUGUACUUUUUCUCACACACUCGUCUGCACCUCUGUACACCUGGGCAAAAACACAACCAUGUGAUUAUCUCAAGUAAAGAAACUGAGGCAUCGGGCGCGCAGAGAGAUAGAGAGAGAGAGAUCCACUGGAAGGUGGUGGAGCGUCGAAACUGCCGAAACUGCCGGGGUCAGCAUCAUGCUGCCAUCGUACAAGAGCUGAACAAGCAUGGAACUUGAAUAUUAUCCUCCCAAAUAAAUGAAUUUCUCAGCUUCCUGUGACCAUCUAUACAUACUUCAUCUUCAAAAAAAGCAAUGUCCAUGUUCUAUCAUCGCAGAGACAGUGCCCUUCUUUUCGGCAAUAUGCACGAGAUGUUUGGACAGUACAACCGGGGCCCGUGCACUGCUUUCCAUGAAGAAAAACGUUGCGGUUCUCUGGCAUUCAUCAUUUGACAAAUGCAAGCAUUUUCUUAAUCAGCCAGCUCUUCCUGGACGUAGCAACGGUGACUGCGGAAUCCUUAAGGGCCUGUGACAUUUUUGAAGAAGAAAGCUAAGAUGAAGGACAUGCCACUCCGAAUCCAUGUGCUACUUGGGCUCACUAUCACUACACUAGUACAAGCUGUAGAUAAAAAAGUGGAUUGCCCGCAAUUAUGUACAUGUGAAACCAGACCUUGGUUUACCCCCAGAUCCGUUUAUAUGGAAGCGUCUACAGUGGACUGUAAUGACUUAGGUCUUCUGAAUUUCCCAGCCAGAUUGCCUGCUGACACACAGAUUCUGCUCCUACAGACGAACAACAUCGCGAAAAUGGAAUAUGCCAUAGACUUUCCCAUAAACCUUACUGGCCUGGACUUAUCGCAAAACAAUUUUUCCUCGGUCACCCAUAUCAACGUAAAAAAGCUGCCGCAGCUCCUUUCUGUGUACCUAGAGGAAAACCAACUUACCCAGCUGCCUGAAAAAUGUCUGUCUGGACUGAGCAAUUUACAAGAACUCUACGUUAAUCACAACUUGCUUUCUACAAUCUCACCUGGGGCCUUUAUUGGCCUACAUAAUCUUCUCCGACUUCAUCUCAAUUCUAAUAGAUUGCAGGUGAUCAACCGCAAGUGGUUUGACGCACUCCCAAACUUGGAGAUUCUGAUGAUUGGGGAAAAUCCAAUCAUCAGAAUCAAAGAUAUGAACUUUAAGCCGCUUAUCAAUCUUCGCAGCCUGGUUAUAGCUGGCAUAAACCUCACAGAAAUACCAGAUAAUGCCUUGGUCGGGCUUGAAAAUUUAGAGAGCAUCUCUUUUUAUGACAACAGGCUUAUUAAAGUGCCCCGUGUUGCUCUUCAGAAAGUUAUAAAUCUCAAAUUUCUGGAUCUCAAUAAAAAUCCUAUUAAUAGAAUACGAAGGGGUGAUUUCAGCAACAUGCUACAUUUGAAAGAGUUGGGGAUAAAUAACAUGCCAGACCUGAUUUCCAUCGACAGUCUUGCCAUAGAUAACUUGCCCGAUUUAAGAAAAAUCGAAGCUACUAACAACCCCAGAUUGUCUUACGUUCACCCAAAUGCAUUUUUCAGACUCCCCAAGCUGGAAUCGCUUAUGCUCAACAGCAAUGCCCUUAGUGCCCUGUACCAUGGUACCAUUGAGUCUCUGCCCAACCUCAAGGAAAUCAGCAUCCACAGUAACCCCAUCAGGUGUGACUGUGUCAUACGCUGGAUUAAUAUGAACAAAACCAAUAUUCGAUUUAUGGAGCCAGAUUCACUGUUUUGUGUGGACCCGCCUGAAUUCCAAGGUCAGAAUGUUCGUCAAGUGCAUUUCCGGGAAAUGAUGGAAAUUUGCCUCCCUCUCAUAGCUCCUGAAAGCUUUCCAUCCAAUAUGGAUCUAAAAGCUGGGAGCUAUGUUUCCCUACACUGUAGAGCUACUGCAGAGCCCCAGCCUGAAAUCUACUGGGUAACACCUUCUGGCCAAAAGCUCUUGCCUAAUACUCUGUCGGAGAAGUUUUAUGUCCAUCCUGAGGGCACACUAGAUAUCAGUGGAAUAACCACCAAAGAAGGGGGUUUAUAUACAUGUAUAGCAACUAACUUGGUGGGUGCUGACUUGAAGUCUGUCAUGAUCAAAGUGGAUGGGUCUUUCCCCCAGGAGAAAAAUGGAUCUUUGCAAAUUAAAAUAAAAGAUGUUCGGGCCAAUUCUGUUCUUGUGUCUUGGAAAGCAAGUUCUAAAAUUCUCAAAUCCAGUGUUAAGUGGACAGCCUUUAUCAAAACUGACAAUUCUCAGGCUGCCCAAAGUGCUAGAAUACCAUCUGAUGUCAAGGUCUAUAACCUGACUCACCUGAAACCAUCGACCGAGUACAACAUUUGCAUUGAUGUCCCCACCAUUUACCAGCAAAGCAGAAAACAAUGUGUGAAUGUCACCACCAAAGGCUUGGACCAUAAUGCACACAAAUAUGAAAAGAGCAGCCCCACGACACUUAUUGCCUGCCUAGGUGGCCUUCUGGGGAUUACUGGGGUGAUAUGUCUCGUCAGCUGCCUCGCUCAAGAAAUUCACAGUGAGGGUGGACAUGGCUAUGUGAGGAGUUACUUACAGAAAUCCACCUUUGCAUUCGGCGAGCUUUAUCCUCCUCUCAUCAACCUUUGGGAAACGGGCAAAGAAAACAGUACAGCCUUGGAAGUAAAAGCAACUCUUAUAGGUGUACCAACAAACAUGUCCUAAAACAAACCAACUCAAUCUACUUCCAGGGAAAGCUCGAGCCUGCAGUUGUUGUACGUAACAGGCAGAGAAAUGUGAGUGGCUAGAAAGCAGUUUGUGCUUCACCAGUGCUGCUCCAGGUCAAUGGGAAUAUGCCCAAGUUCAGCAUUUUAAUUAACUGACUUCAAAGGGUACCGUGGCAACCAAAUAAAACAACUCCAUUUUCUAGAGACUUUCAUGUGACUCUCAUGUCUGGAAUACAGUUAAAGUGGACACACACACACACACACACACACACACACACACACAGACAUUUCCGUAUUUUUUUUAAGUAUGUAAGAGUAGCUGAACUGAGCAAUACCUCCUCCUGUGUUGUAUUACACAUAUUAGCCACGAGUUUUUGCAGUGACGGGAUAAACCUGAAUUGACACAUGGUGUAAUAAAAUGGACAAAUUCAGUAGAGUAGACACAGUGAGUUAUGUGGACCUCUUUUAUAAAGAAAAAUACAUUUUGGAUUAAAUCAA